AUGGAUGCACAUCCAUUUGAAACCAAAGUAAACGAGCUUUUGACGUACACCUUAUUCAAAUGUUUACUCAUAUUCUACAAAGUUAAUUUUCAUAAACAUGACGACAAAGGACAAAUGGAUGCACAUCUUUUUGAAAUCUUGGGUAAAUGGGCGCUUGGUGCACACAUAUCUCUAACGCGAUGGAGUUCUGUGUUGAAGCGGUGGGAACAAGCAGAAGCUCAAAUUCUCAAUCAGGUUAGGAUCCUUCAUGAAUGGACGAGGUUUCCUUUGCGUUUGAAUGGUCACGUUGUUAUCACAUCCCAUGUCGCUUCUGUUUUUCCCAAGAAUGUGGUGGGAACUGAAGUCGGUGUUGCUCUGAAAACACGCAAAAGAAAUUCCAAUUCAGGAGAUUCACAUGUUGGUUCAAACAAAGAUGUUGUAUGUAGAUCAUGUUUAGUUUGGGGUUCAAAAUUUGACAUGGAUGCAUCUGGUGGUGCAGAUGUACUGUGCAUGGACCGUUGGAGUUUUAUGUCAGUGCACAACUGCAUUUUGGAAUGGCUUAAGAGAUUAUAUUGGAAGAGAGGUAUUGGAUGUUGCUGCUCGAAUUAUUCAACCCGACGUGACAACUGA